AUAAAUUAAAGGGAAUUAAAUAAUAGUUAUACUUUUUGCAAAAUAGAAUAUUUUUCACUCCUUCUUCAAAGUUUUCUGGAAAUUCAAGAUAUAAUAAGUCAAACCUGUUCCAAUCCCAACCCAACACACAAAAGAAGUUACAUAGUAUAUAUAUAUAUGGCAGCGAUUCUCCGCUUCUCAUUAGAUAUUUCCUUGCCUUGCAGUCGAGGAAACUAUGGCCUAAGACUGAUGUUCCUGAGUUGCUGCCAGCUGGAAUGCAAUUGCCCAAAGACCACAUUCCUCCUCGAUGGAUACCUGGGUUUCUACCAGUGCUUAGGUAUAUGCCCAGGUACCUGUAUAUUUUCCCAACUGGUUGCUAUUGAUUUUGCUUUUUAUUCUAUGCAGAAUGCAUAUACUCUAUGCAUGCAUCUUACUCAAGUCUUCUUUGCCCUUUACACUUUUAUGAUAUUCCUGUCUGCGACUGUCGUUUUGUACUCCCCCGUCCUCCUGAUAUCCAACAGGUCUUAUACUCACUCUGUCAGGCACAUAAAAAUCCGCUUACCCUUCACCAUGGGCCCCGUAACCUUUAGCGAUAUAACAACAGCUAUAGCAUUCAUCUCCAUCCUCGGACUGAUCAUGACGUACGACCAAAUAACCCUCAUCAAGCAGAGACUCAACGCUCUGCACAGCAGACUCUCCGGUGCAAUACGACACGCAGAAGCGGCAGAGGCAGAGGCCCGUCUAGCCACCGAGAAAUUCGGCACCAGCCGGAAGAGGAUAGCAAUGCUCGAAGAGAAGUUAAACGACUACCAACGCGCUCUGAUGGAUGAGGUUGCGGCCAUUACCCAGCGCCAGGACCUGAACACUGCCGUCGUCCGCCGGGGAGGAGAGAAGUGCCACCAGGGCAGUCUUAGUCGUCAGCUGUAUGAGGUUCCUACUUCUUCGUCGCGCAAAACGGAUACGCUGUCGUAUAUCAGCAGGAGGACGACUAGAGCGACCAUUCUAGCUAAGGAUGCGUUUUCAUCACAACACCAAACUCAGCAGCAACACCGAGGUGUUCCUGUUCCCGCCGUGUCUGGUGUUGCUGCAGACUUUGUGCUGGGGGAGAUGUCACCGCCACCCCAUAGAGGGGUACUAGCUAGGGAAAAGUCGGAAUCGGGCAAGAAUUCGGUGCGGUCGGCUUUUGCGAACAUUUCUCUGAAGGUACCGUGGAGACUGCGAACGAAAGAGGCCACGGCUGCUGUGAAGCGGAGGAUGGCUAGCUUUCACUUAUAAUUCCGGUGAUAAAAAUAGGCCUGGCCACUGUGAGCAUACAUUGUCCAAUAUUGCUUAUUGCUUCAUCUUAUUAAACACUAGCCUGGGUUCUAAUUAUAUUUGCAAGGAGUUCUUCUAUCUACACUCCCUUCUUCUUGGGACGAAAUUUCCCUCUUACCAGUUUCACAAAUCGGCUGAUUAUAUUCUAUGCCAACCGCUUCUCUUUUAUCAUCGAUGAUAACUAGAACAAGGGCCUGCCUGCUCAGCCACAACUCAAAUCGUGCUCGCCAAGGUUUGGCAUAGUUCUCCAUGGAAUGUCUGCCGGGAAGCACCUCCACCCUUUUUCCAGCCCGUAUGAUUUGUGUAUGAGCCAAUGACUUUCAGGCAUAUCGCAGGUUUUAUAUACCUGGCGUGGCCACCCCCUAACCCUGCAUGAUAUCUAAGCCCGCUGGAUAACCAGGGCAUUGCAGGAAAUAACCAUUUGUCUUGUUUAAUAGGAACAUUGAUAUGGUUUAGAGAUCGUCUACUGGAAUACAAGAGGGUGCAAGUUUGAAGUUUGAAGCAUGGCAAUCGAGCAGAUAAAAAAUUGUACUGUAAAUAACAAUCCAAAUGAAAUAAUGAAAGCCUGCAUACACAUACAUCUAUAUAAAAUACCUGAACCAAGUGAUCUAGCUCCAAGAUGAGCAGGUUUGGAAGCACAAACCUCC